AUGUAUUUCACUAAUCACUUAGCCUUUGCCAAAGCCAGUGUCAUUGACCUCGCUCGCAUGGUCAGGAAAAUUCCCAUGAAAAAACAAAAGAAGAAUGUUGAGAUUGCGAACAAGUUUAAAUUGAGUAACAACAAGAUGAAUAGAUCAGCAGGGAGCUUAAGGUUGAGCACAGUUGGAUCUAUUGCAGUAGUCGUUUGCCUCUCCAUCCUCCUCAUAUCUCUUACAGAAGUGGAUGGGUGGGGAAAGUGUGAUUACCGAAAGGGUUUAUGUAAUACUUCGGCCACGAGCUCCACUUGCGAUGAACCAUGCAAGGUAUUGGACAGCAAGUAUCAUGGAGGCGAAUGUUUAAACGUUGGUGGUGGUCAAGGGAUAUGUUGGUGCUGCCGUGAUUAUGAUGCAAAGAGUGGUGCUGAAAAGGAUAGCAUGUGAUUGCAAAAUGAUAGAAAACGAUGUCACUUUGAGUGUGUGUGUUUUGCGAUUUUUAUGUUUAUGAGUGUUUACCUUCUACUUUGUUGUACCAAGCCUGUUUUGUUUCUGUUUGUAUUGCGUUAAAACAUUAAGUUC